AUGGAUAAGUUAAAGUUGAUUCCGGAAUCCUUUCAGCAGCUCACCGGCCUUCGUUCCUUCUCGCUACAGUCCAAGCGCGUGAGGCGCGUGCCGGAGCAUGUGGUGGGGGCAAUGGUGCGACUGAAGUCGCUGUCUCUCAGCUGCAAGUCCAUCCAGAGCCUGCCAGACGCCAUCUGCUCCCUCCCCCUCUCCUCCCUCUCCAUCCUCUCAUCCCCUGUAAUCGCCUCCCUUCCUGAAAACCUCGGAGCCCUUGUACUGCUUGAAACGCUAAAGCUUUGCAAUCUGCCCAAUCUUCAGUAUCUGCCUGAGAGCGUGGGAGAUCUACAGCAACUGAGAUUGCUGGAAAUCAGCCAGCUGGGUCUGCUGCAGCUGCCCGAAGAACUGUGCACGGGGAGUGUGAGACACAGCCUGGAGGGGCUUUACCUGCGCGACUGCAGUGGACUGAGGCAGCUGCCUGCCCAGCUGGCCAUGCUGACGCGCCUGGAGGAGCUUGAAAUCACCUCCUGCUCUCGCCUCGAGUCCCUAGAGCCAUUGCUUGCUCCCCCAUUGGGUUCACUCGGGCAGCUAAAAGAACUUGAAACGCUGGAGCUGUGCUAUUUGCCGGAGCUGAACUCUCUGCCCGGGUCACUGCGCUGGCUGCCAAAGCUGAAAGAGCCAUUGCUGAUCGAUGUGGGUAGGGUGACAGAGUGGUGGUGGAUUGACUACCUCCCAUCAGUUCGGUCUGCCAGAAUGCGGUUGAUGCUUCAUUGA